UGUGAAAAAGCCCAAAUGUUUCAGAACCUGGCGAGGGAUCAAGAUGUGAACCGUUGCGCUUCUGAAGAAAAAGGCCCUUCCUCCCCUUCUCGCGAAGGCAAAUGUUCUGAAAAAAACUCUGCAUGGGGAUGGCUUGCCUUACAAUGACAGAAAUGGAAGGAACGUCCGUAUCUCCUGUACAUCAGAAUGGUGAUAUUCCUGGAAAUGCUAAUCCGGUGAAGCAAAUAGAUCCACUCCUGCAGGUGUAUCUUUAUCAUUCUCUUGAGAAAGCUGAAGGAGAGUAUCUGAAGUUUCCAACUGGGGAGUAUGUUGCAGAAGAAAUUUGUGUUGCUGCUUCUAAAGCUUGUGGAAUCACACCAGUGUAUCAUAGUAUGUUUGCUUUAAUGAGUGAAACAGAAAGGAUUUGGUAUCCGCCCAACCAUGUCUUCCAUAUAGAUGAAUCAACCAGGCACAAUGUACUCUACAGAAUAAGAUUUUACUUUCCUUACUGGUAUUGUAACGGCAGCAACAGAACCUAUCGGUAUGGGAUAUCUCGAGGUGCUGAAGCUCCUCUUCUUGACGACUUUGUCAUGGCCUACCUUUUUGCUCAGUGGCGGCAUGAUUUUUUACAUGGAUGGAUAAAAAUACCCGUGACUCAUGAAACACAAGAAGAGUGUCUUGGAAUGGCUGUAUUAGAUAUGAUGAGACUAGCCAAAGAGAAGGAUCAGACCCCAUUGGACAUCUAUAGCUCUAUCAGCUACAAGACAUUCUUACCAAAAUGUGUUCGAGCAAAGAUCCAAGACUAUCAUAUUUUGACAAGGAAACGAAUAAGGUACAGAUUUCGCAGAUUUAUUGAGCAGUUCAGCCAUUGCAAAGCCACUGCCAGAAACUUGAAACUUAAGUAUCUUAUAAAUCUGGAAACUCUUCAGUCUGCCUUCUACACAGAGCAAUUUGAAGUAAAAGAACCUGGAAGAGGUCCUUCAGGUGAGGAGAUUUUUGCAACCAUUAUAAUAACUGGAAACGGUGGAAUUCAGUGGUCAAGAGGGAAACAUAAAGAAAGUGAGACACUGACAGAACAGGAUUUACAGUUAUAUUGUGACUUCCCUGAUAUUAUUGAUGUUACUAUUAAGCAAGCAAGCCAAGAAGGCUCAAAUGAAAGUAGAAUUGUAGCUAUACAUAAGCAAGAUGGUAAAAAUCUGGAAAUUGAACUUAGCUCAUUAAAAGAAGCUUUGUCCUUUGUGUCAUUAAUUGAUGGCUAUUAUAGAUUAACUGCAGAUGCACAUCAUUACCUCUGUAAAGAAGUAGCACCUCCAAUGGUCCUUGAAAAUAUACAAAGCAACUGUCAUGGCCCAAUUUUAAUGGAUUUUGCCAUCAGUAAACUGAAGAAAGCAGGUAAUCAGACUGGACUCUACGUACUUCGAUGCAGUCCUAAGGACUUUAAUAAGUAUUUUCUGACUUUUGCUGUUGAGCGAGAAAAUGCCAUCGAAUAUAAGCACUGUUUGAUUACAAAGAAUGAGAAUGGAGAAUACAACCUCAGUGGGACCAAGAAGAACUUCAGUAACCUUAAAGAUCUUUUGAAUUGCUACCAGAUGGAAACUGUUCGCUCAGACAGUAUAAUUUUCCAGUUUACUAAAUGUUGUCCCCCAAAGUUGAAAGAUAAAUCAAACCUUCUAGUCUUCAGAACCAGUGGCGUUUCUGAUGUUCCCACAUCACCAACAUUACAGAGGCAUAAUAAUGUGAACCAAAUGGUGUUUCACAAAAUCAGAAAUGAAGAUUUGAUGUUUAAUGAAAGCCUUGGCCAAGGCACUUUUACAAAAAUUUUUAAAGGUAUAAGGAGAGAAGUAGGAGAUUAUGGUCAACUACAUGAAACAGAAGUUCUUUUAAAAGUUCUGGAUAAAGCUCACAGAAACUAUUCCGAGUCUUUCUUUGAAGCAGCAAGCAUGAUGAGCCAGCUUUCUCACAAGCAUCUAGUUUUAAAUUAUGGAGUGUGUGUCUGUGGGGAGGAGAAUAUUCUGGUUCAAGAGUUUGUAAAAUUUGGAUCCUUAGAUACAUAUCUGAAAAAGAAUAAAAAUUCUAUAAAUAUAUUAUGGAAACUUGAAGUGGCUAAACAGUUGGCAUGGGCCAUGCAUUUUCUAGAAGAAAAAGCACUUGUUCAUGGAAAUGUGUGUGCCAAAAAUAUUCUGCUUAUCAGAGAAGAAGACAGGAAGACAGGAAAUCUUCCUUUCAUCAAACUUAGUGAUCCUGGUAUUAGUAUUACAGUUUUGCCAAAGGACAUUCUUCAGGAGAGAAUACCAUGGGUACCACCUGAAUGCAUUGAAAAUCCUAAAAAUCUAAAUUUGGCAACAGACAAAUGGAGUUUUGGUACCACUUUGUGGGAAAUCUGCAGUGGAGGAGAUAAACCUCUGAGUGCUUUGGAUUCUCAAAGAAAGCUACAGUUUUACGAAGAUAGGCACCAGCUUCCUGCACCAAAGUGGACAGAAUUAGCAAAUCUUAUUAAUAAUUGUAUGGAUUAUGAACCAGAUUUCAGACCUUCUUUCAGAGCCAUCAUACGAGAUCUUAAUAGUUUGUUUACUCCAGAUUAUGAACUAUUAACAGAAAAUGAUAUGUUACCAAAUAUGAGAAUAGGUGCCCUAGGGUUUUCUGGUGCUUUUGAAGACCGAGACCCUACACAAUUUGAAGAGAGACACUUGAAAUUUCUACAGCAACUUGGCAAGUUCGUAUGUUAUAGGUAUGCUCCAGAAUCAUUGACAGAGAGCAAGUUUUCUGUGGCUUCAGAUGUUUGGAGCUUUGGAGUGGUUCUCUAUGAACUUUUCACAUAUAUUGAGAAGAGUAAAAGUCCCCCAGCGGAAUUUAUGCGUAUGAUUGGCAAUGACAAACAAGGACAGAUGAUUGUGUUUCAUUUGAUAGAACUCCUAAAGAAUAACGGAAGAUUACCAAGACCAGAUGGAUGCCCAGAUGAGAUUUAUUUGAUCAUGACGGAAUGCUGGAAUAAUAAUGUCAAUCAACGCCCCUCUUUUAGAGACCUAGCUCUUCGAGUUGAUCAAAUAAGGGACAACAUGGCUGGAUGAAAGAAACAAACUUCACUCUGAGACCAAAAUAGACUUACAGAACAAAGUUUUGUAUUUCACAUUACUGUGGACUAUUAUUACAUAUACCAUUGUUAUGUAUAUCAUGAUGCUAGCCAGCAAUGAUGUGGAAAUAUCCAUUCAAAACUUUCAAAGUUUAGUGAGCUUUUCUUCAUGAGGACAUCGGUAAAAGACUUGAUGAAAAGUCCUUAGCAAAGAACUUUGUGAUUUCACAAAACUUAUCAGUCUGUUAACAUCACUUUUCUUUGGCAAAAGAAAAAAAUAGACUUUUUUCAACUCAGAAUUUUGAAAGAUGAAAAAAUCAUAAUGUAGAUUUUACAAUGUUGAUGAUGCACCGAAUACGUAUGUACAGUUUUUACCACAGUGAAUGUAUAAUACCUUUGCAUCUUGUGUGAUGUUUUACACAAGGGCUGGUAUUCAUUGAUAAUGUUUCCAAAUUUUUCCAUAGUUGAUCUAUAGUAAUGUCACUAUACAAAUUAUGCUUAGAUAAUUGAAUAAGCACCUUGUGUUCUUGUUCAUCUAUAUCACUGGCCAGCAAUAUAAGCAGUUGUACACUUUUAGCUUGUAGUUCUAUGUACUGUAAAUAUUUUUCAAAGCAACGGGAACAAAUGUUUAGUUUCAUUUGUAUAGGAAAUUUCCCUUGCCCUAAAGAAUACAUUUUGAAAUGGAACAAGUUUACAAAGAUAUAA